AUGCCUCUCAAAGUUAACUUCUGGAAUGACAGAGUCACCAGCAUAACCUUCCUUGGUAACCAAAACAGAGAAAUCCCCGACAUCGUCAACUACUCCAACGUUUUCCUCAGAGAUGCCAGUCAGACCCCCGACUCUGUAGAAACCGCCACCGGGUUGAAAUUGUUCAGCACCGGCUCCAUCGCCAGAAACAUCGCCCCAAAAAACCCUCCCUCCGUCACCACCAGCGGCACUGAACCAGCAAUCACCAUCGAAUGGGACGAUGGUAACGUCUCCACUUACCCCGAGUCCUUCUUGAGAAAAUACUCCACCAGCGCCACCAGAAGAUCCGGCAAAUUCUACGAGGAAGACGAACAACCUUGGACCAACCAAGUAAUCGAAAAAAAGAAAUCCUCGUUGGUUAUUGCCUACGACAACUUUAUCAACGAUGAAAAAUCAUUGCACCAGGCUUUCAAGGGCCUCAACCACUACGGGGUGUGUAUUGUCAAAGACAUCCCAACCAACAGCACCAAAGAAUACGGCAAAUCUUCUCUCGAAUCAAUCGCCUCUCGAAUCGGCUACUUGAAAGAAACAAUUUUCGGCCGUUACUUCGACGUGGUGUCGAAAAAAGAGUCCGAAAACUUGGUCACCUCCAACAAAAUGUUCCAUCUUCACCAAGAUUUGCUUUUCUACGAAUCCCCACCCGCCAUCAAAGUCCUUGAAGCCAUCAAAAACAACGUCACCGAAGGCGGCGAAAACAUCUUUGUCGAUCUUUUCAGCGCCGCCAAGUACGUGCAGGAAACCGACCCUCACUGCUAUUCUGCCCUCUGUCAUACCCCAGUCAACUUCCGCUACAUCUCCAAAUCAGGGCAUCAGUUCUUAUACACCCGUCCAAUGAUUGUCGAAGACCUCGACCACAUUGAUCCUUCUACUAACCAUCCAUUCAUUCGUGAAGUCAAUUACUCUCCUCCAAACCAGGCGCCAUUCGAGUACGGUAUCACCUCGCCAUUGAAAAAAAUGGGCCAAUUUGCCGAUUGGGAAAACUUGGAACAAUACCACUCCGCCAAGGACACCGGUGACCGUUAUAUCUUCCGUGAUUUCCACCGUGGGCUCAAGAUCUUUGAAAAAUUCAUCAAUGACGAAGAUAACCAAUUCAAAGUGUUGUUGAAACAAGGAGAAGCGAUCUUGUUCAACAAUAGGCGUCUUGCCCACGCCAGAACCCAGUUUGUCGAUGAAAAUGGCGGCGGAAGAUGGUUUAGAGUUGGUUACAUGGAUUUCGAUAUCUACUAUUCCAGAUUGAGAUAUUUGUACGAAAAGUAUGGUCCUUAG